AUGCAGGUGUUGGAAGGGGACCGAGCUAUGCAGAUCGAAAAAUUCGUCGAUAAGAAACUGGGCGAGGCUCUACAAAAAGUGCAUCAGUCGAGUCAAGCGAUUACCUUACAGACGGACGUCGCUCAGAAGCUUUUGGUCGAUAUGGAACAAACUGUCGCCAAUAGCCAAGCCGCUUUCGCUAGUCACAUUCGUCAAGUCGCUGAAAGUGAGUUGGCAAGCCUGCAGCAUGAUUCUCUGGAAUCUCGCGUGCAAAGUCUGGUUACGAACACACAGUCGGAAAUGAACCUACAAAUUCAACGCCAAGCGGAUGCAACGUCAGUUCUGCGUGAGAAGCUGCAGAAGCAGCAAAUGCGCUUCAAACAUCGGUCGAUUCGAAUUGAUGAAGAAUGGCUAAAGACGUCUUUCCAGGAUGUGCUGCUCAGCAACCCAGAUUUAACAUCCUGGUAUGACACGAGACGGCGCAUUCGCCAACAGACGCUGAACCGCAGUCAUGAGCAACGAUGGACAAGAUCCAGAGGUCUCGCCGCCUGAGGGUGAUUCUUCUAGCGACGCACAUAGUUCAUUCCGGUUUAUCUCAACCCAUUUUACAGAAGAUGCUGCUGUUACAGCGCUAAACAGUGCUGAUACAUCUGAAUACAGCCAUCCACGUACGUAUGGGCCGACAGGACGUCGCAAGAGUGUCUACACUUGCAUUUCGCAUGAGGCGCGUUCUCGUCGGCUACGGAUCGUUAAGAUUUCAGAGCUCAACUCUUCUCAUUUCAUAACGACUUCUUCAUACGAAGUAGAAUCUAGUGGUACCCAUAGCCAGUUGCUAACGCACCGAAAGAGGUCUGGUAUUGACAUGCAGAUAAAACCAGAGGUGGAUAGCAUUCUUCAAGGUGGAGCAGGUCCAAAACGAUGCGUACUUCUACUACAGAAGAAAUAUAAACUUGACCCAACCAUGCUAGCCAAGAUUCCAGACGAAAUCAAACUGAAGAACAGAAAAGCCAGUCUGAAGAAGAAACUAAAAAACAAUUGGGACAUUUCAAGUUUUUCAGUUCUGAUGACCCGCACAUGUGUACUGCGGCUGACAAGUUUUUCGGAAGCUUGGGGAUUGAUGGGUUUAUUGAUCUGGCGGCAUUUACUCAACAAAGUCUCGACUUUCAGAAUGAAUUACUCAUAUUGAACACAUUUGAUCUUAGGUUUGAUGGUGACACCGGGAAAGAAACUUCGUUUGGUGUUAUUUUCACAUCGCGACGUCUUUUUCGAAAUCUGUACCGAUGUAUUUGUGAUCAAAGAGAGACCGGUCUCGUUGGAGUUACCGAUGGCACCUACCGCAUCGAUUUCAUAUUCACGUUUAUUAAAGAUCGCUGGACUCUGGUAGCACUCGGCAGUUCUUGCUCUGUGUAUGAAAGAAAACGUUACCGACAUUCAUUUGUACCUUGGAUGUACAUGUUUGUGCGUACGGAGCAUAAAUUUGCCAACAAAACGUUAUUCUCUACAGCUAAGCGAUUCGUCGCUGAUUACUUCAACGAUUCUUUGGUUUUAAAGUACGGAAGCCAAGAUCAUGCUUCCUACAUUGCUACAGCUUUUUCCUCCAUCUGGCCUGGUAUCAAAAUACUUAAUUGUUAAUCACACCUUUUCAGAAAAGCGUUCGAAAAAGCUGGCCUAUUGAAUGACUCUGGAUUCUACAGUUCUUACGUCGAGAUGAAUAUAUACCUCCUCGAGCAAGCGCGUAUCGAAGAACAAUUUACGGCAAUGGCUGAGCGUAUAGUUAAAUAUUGGAGCGACAAAAACGAACAAGCGUACGCGGAUUGGUUCAAAAGCCAGUAUUAGGGCGUUCUAUGGGGUACAUGGUUUGCUACUUCUGCUGUGCCUAGUGUUUUGCCGUCACAAAACCCCAUCGAAUCCCACAACAAAGUGAUAAAAACGGUGUGCACUCCGCAGCUACAUGCAGCGACCUCAGUCGUUUUGAAUGACACCCUCCCAGCGAUCCUUUUGCUGAACAGUGACAAAA